AAUAGUUGCUGCUGAGCGUUCGAGCGCUGUGGACGCUCUGUUGUUGUCGUUUGUGUUCUGCUGCGGAAAAAGCGUUUUGUGCCCGUCAAGUUGAAUCUAGUUCUAGUGUGCGGCCCUUCACUGGCAACAUGUUGAGUCUGUACUAAUUGGCGGCAAGCCAGCGGCGCAGAUCGAGACGGCGAAUAGCUAAUAGAGAACACUGAUAAAUAUGUUCACUAAACGCGAAACCCAUAACAAAGCCAGUGCAUUAUUCAGCGCUGAUUUACAAGUGAGCGACAGUAGCAACACACACUCACAACCAAACACAGCGAACAGCACCAACAGCAACAGCAGCGACAACAACAACAGUAACAGUAAGGCGUCUCAGUUUGAGUCAAUAGAUGAGCAUUACGUCUGCAAUAUUGCGAUGAUGAGCAUAGCCGAGGAAGUUGACCAAACGGCAGGUCAAGCCACUGAUCAGGCACUGGACAAUACAGCAAUCGGCAAUGGCAAAGAGGAGAUGGAAAUUGACCGCCAGGAGGAGGAGCAGGCGAUCAAUCAGUUGGUGCGCUCCUCCAGUGGCGGCGCCUUGAUGCAACCCCAUAACAGCGGCAGCAUGCGAGUCGUCCUUGGCGUCCUGGUGCGCCUGGUGCUGCCUCUGGCCAAUGGCGUCGCCCGUGGCAUUAAGGGCAUACGCGACGUUCGCGUGCUACGCGUGCUGCAGAAUUUGACCUCUAGCCGCCAGGCGCUGACCAACCUGGUGGCAUUUGCCGCCAACACGUUAUCGCUGAAUCUAUCUUCCGUACAAGCUUUUUAUAUCAAAUUCUUAUCGCUCAACCCGCAAUCUCUUUCAUUGACAGUUUCCAAUCGUCUGGGGCCAUUGCUCAAUUUACUCAAAUUGCGCAAGUCCCAAGAUGGCUUGGAAAUUCUGCCCGAUACGCUGAACACACGUAUACCGAUCACACCCAUACCGCCUAAUACGCCCACAACGCCCAGCACACUGUUGCAGGGGCCGCCUAUCUACAGUCUUCAGAGCUCAAGCUCCAGCUCCUCCAGCUGCUGCACGCUCAACAUACUUGCCGAACCGGCGCCGGGCACUCCCAUACGCGCUGACAUCGUGCUUGUGCAUGGCCUGCACGGCUCUCUGGUGAACACCUGGCGCCAGGGUCUGUGGCAAAACGAACGUCAUCCGGUGGAGUUCGAUCGUCCGCCCCGGCCACCGGUGCGUCCACCCAAGCGACCUCGUUAUUCACGCAGCGCCGCAAUACAUCCAGCGCCUCGAGAGAAACGCGCCAAGUUCGCAUCCUGCACUCGCAGCCUGGAUGAAGAUGCCACAAGCGUAGAUGGAGGCUGGCAACGCGCAGCAGUGCAACAAACGACUGAGCCACAUCUCUGUAAUGCUUCCGACAGUAAUGAGAUCGCCGAAGAUUAUGCCUACGUCUGCGGGGAGCCGGAGGAUAUUCAAAUAUGUGAAGGCAUCGAGUACAGCUUCCCAACAUUCCGUCUGCGCAUGCACGACAGCAGCCAAGCGUUGCCAGCUGAGCUAGAGUCGAUGCUGCAGGCCGAGAAUAAUAGCAGCGCCGCCAUGGACAGCUCCACGACGCGCAAAUCUGCCGGCAAAAGCAAAAAGAAACCUUCCGCCAAUGAUCCCAACUAUUCCAAGUGCUGGCCCGGGGACUGGCUGCCUUUAGACUGUCCAGGCGUCAGGGUCAUAGCUGUCAACUACACGACGGAUCCCUAUCUGUGGCGUCCGCUGUGGAAGACUAAAGAGCCGCGCUCCAGCCUGAUUCAGCGUUCACGGGAAAUGGCUGAGCUACUCAUGCAGCAUCGCGUUGGCCACGGGCAUCCCAUCAUCUACGUGGGCCACUCGAAAGGAGGCCUUUUCAUCAAGCAGCUGCUUGUGGAUGCCUGGGAGUGCGGUCGUCCGGCCAUGAGGCCGCUCUGGCAAUCUGCGCGAGGCUGUUUCUUCUACUCGGUGCCGCACCGUGGCUCCCAUUUGGCCUCGAUCAAGGCGCCGUUGCUAUCGCGUUCCGUAGAACUGCUGGAGAUAGAAAAGAAUAACAAGUAUCUGCUGGAUUUGCAUCGUCGCUUUGCUGGGCUCUAUCACUUGGGUCAUUUGAAGAUCGAAGUUUUCAGCUUUGUUGAAACAGCGCUGACGCUCAUGUCAGUGCUCUAUUUACGAAUUGUGGGCGUGGAUUCAGCCGAUCCCGGUUUUGGAGAAGUAUGCGGCAUACGACUGGAUCAUCGCGAGAUCUGCAAGCCACGCAGUCGGGACUGCAUUCUGUACAAAGAGUUGGUGAAAAUGAUUAAAAAGGUGUGCUGAGCUGCCCAUCAAUUAGCGUUAGCCAUAUAUGUUACAUACAUGCAGGAGGACCUCAAUGAAUUGGAAUCGAUAUGUGAAUAGGCUUACAACUAUAAGUUGCCCGAUAAUUAUGCGUACCUAAGCGCUUCUUCUUGUUAUGGUGCAUAGCAUAGCAUAGUUUAUUAUAUUUCCUUUUUGUUUUUGCUUCUUAAUCGAUUCAUAAGUAAUCAUUCAAGGGAAAUUUGACUUAAAUAUUAGAUUCUUGUCUUUUUGGAAUUACUCAUGUUUAAAAUAUUGAGUCAAAUAGACCUUAUCAAUAAUUGUGAUUGAUUCAGUCUCGGCUAUAGCGUCAAUAGAUCUUGGCAGAGCGAAAGAUUAGUUUCAAAGAUUUCCUCAUUCAAUCAGACACUCAAGAAGAUGCGUUUCAGCAUGCCAUUUAGCACUUAAACUCAUUUCAUUUAUAUAUGUAUAUGUAAAUAUAAAUAUAUACGUAGGUUAUGGCAACUUUUGCGAUUUUGUAUUGUGAUCAUUUGUUCAGUUAGUUGUGAUGUGAUCAUAUUAUAUUUUAAAUAGUACUGUACAGGUACCUAGCAUAUACCAUAGCCCCGUGAAAGCUCUAUAUAUGGAGGAAGAUUUAUACAUUUACACAACUUUGCUGAAUUUGAUAAUGUUGUAUAAUUGUGUAAAUGGACAACACCGUUAAAAGUUACCAUCGAAAUAAAAAAUUAAAAUGUAUGGGCAUUGAUAGUGAUAUUAUGUCCAUUUGAUAUUGUAUACAAACCUGUUAAGUACUGAGAGUUACUAAAGAUUUACAGUUAAGAGAGUUUUAUUGUAUAUACUUACCAAUAAAAGUACGUUUAACGUUUAUA